AUAUUUAUCUGCAGUGCUGCGACUCCAUAAUAUUGUCAAAGGUUCUUCCCCCAUUUCUUGGAAGCAGCUAGCUUAGCUGACAUUUCUAGGGUUUGCAAAAUCCCAAUUCAAACCAUGACUUCUCUUCUAUCAUUCACACCAAGCCCAAUUCUCUCUCCCCCUCCAUUCUUGACCCGACCCGGUACCAACCCACUCCUCCACAACCCGACCCGGUUCGGUUCUUUAUCUCCCCACAGACCCUUUGUUCCCCGGACUCUCUGUGUAGUCAAUUUCGGGUCGGGUCAGUUACCAGACUCGGAAACAAUUAAGGGCCUGUUUGGCAAAGCUGAGAGCAUUCUUUAUACUAUUGCUGAUGCUGCUGUUUCAACUGAAAAUGUCACAAAUUCGAAAAAUAAUGAUUGGUUUUCUGGGAUCAGUAAUUAUAUGGAGACUGUUCUUAAGGUUUUGAAGAACGGGUUAUCUUCUGUACAUGCUCCUUAUGCAUAUGGGUUUGCGAUUAUUUUGUUGACUGUGCUUGUUAAAGCAGCUACCUUUCCUUUAACUAAGAAACAGGUGGAAUCUACCAUGGCAAUGCGAUCAUUGCAACCUCAAAUAAAGGCUAUUCAGCAGCGGUAUGCUGGUGAUCAGGAAAAAAUUCAGAUUGAAACUGCUCGGUUGUAUAAAUUAGCAGGGAUAAAUCCUCUAGCAGGAUGCCUUCCAACACUUGCCACGAUCCCUGUAUGGAUUGGGCUAUAUAGAGCUCUUUCUAAUGUUGCUGAUGAAGGACUCCUGACGGAGGGCUUCUUUUGGAUCCCAUCGCUUGCUGGCCCUACAACAGUUGCAGCUCGACAAAGUGGAAGCGGAAUCUCUUGGCUUUUUCCAUUUAUAGAUGGUCAUCCUCCUCUUGGAUGGUCAGAUACCUUCGCCUAUCUUGUCCUGCCUGUAUUGCUGGUUGUUUCUCAAUACAUAUCUGUUCAAAUUAUGCAGACAUCACAGAGUGAUGACCCAAACCUAAAGACUUCUCAAGCCAUAACAAAAUUUCUGCCUUUGAUGAUUGGUUAUUUUGCUCUUUCAGUGCCUUCUGGGCUAAGCCUUUAUUGGUUGACCAACAAUAUAUUAAGCACAGCUCAACAAGUAUGGCUCCAGAAACUGGGAGGUGCAAAAAACCCUGUAAUUCAAUCCCGCACUGAUAUACAAGAGCUGUCCAAGAGUCAGACAUCUGCAAUCGAAACAACCACAAUUAAUGUGGCACCUAAAAAAGAAAAAAAACAGACCCCGGAUGGACCCCGUCCUGGCGACAGAUUUAAGCAGUUGAAGGAGCAAGAGGCAAGGAGAAGAAAGCAAAAAGAAGAGGAAGAAAGAAAAGCUAAUGUAGUUGCAGAAAAUGAUGAUCUAGUAACCAAUGGGAAACUCAAGCCAGGAACUUAUUCAGUUGAGAAAGAAGAUACAAAAUCGGAACCCCUUAAUACUGAUGACCUGUCUUCCACUGAGAUAUCUUCUAUCAACGGAAAUAGCUCUCCUCAAGAGUUAAAGGAAUAUCAGGAUAUAUCAACUCGGAGGGUGGAAGAUGUAAGUUCCAGUAAGGGAAAGGAUGAUUAGCAUCUGUAUGAAAAUUUAGAAAAGGAAGAAGCUGUUACUACUUUAGGCACGGGAGAAAGUAUAGUCUCCGUUGAUGACAACAGAAGUCGGGAUAGAAGUUGAGUUGUUUUAAAUGUGACUUGGAAGUUGUGACCAGAUACAGUAACAAGAACAAGACAUCAGGUCAAUUACACAAUAUAAAGAGAAGGCAUGACAGAUGUUAUACUGGUGAUCUCUCAAGGAUCUACUGCCAUAGAUGAGAAAGAUUGUUACUUGUUUGUUUGCUUGCUUUGUCGGAGUCAACAUAGGGUGUAUAUUACUAAAAACAAAUAUAAUGAAAUAUAGGAAAAUUUUGAUGAUUGUUUC